UCAUAUAAAAGCCAGUUGCUGGCAGAGUCUAGUAAGCAGUUUUGCCAUCAAAGGGUUAACAAAAACAUCUCUCCGCCACCAUGAAGUUCCUGGUUGUCCUGUCCGCCAUCCUGGCCGUUUCCGUUGCUGACUUGCAAUUGUCCGAUGAGCAGAAGGCAGCAGCCCAUGCCAAUGGUGCCCUUUGUGCCCAGCAGGAGGGCAUCACCAAGGACCAGGCCCUCGCCUUGAGAGCCGGCAACUUUGACAACGUCGACGAGAAGGUCAAGUGCUUCGCCAAUUGUUUCCUGGAGAAGACUGGCUUCCUGGUCGAUGGUCAGGUUCAGCCCGCCGUUGUUCUGGCCAAGCUGGGUCCCCUGGCCGGUGAGGACAAUGUCAAGGCCGUUCAGGCCAAGUGCGAUUCGCUCAAGGGAGCUGAUAAGUGCGAUACCGCCUUCCAGCUGUACCAGUGCUACUACAACAACCGCGCCCACAUCUAAGCCGCCGCCGCCCAACCUCCAAAUGUAUUAUGUGUGAUAAUCUCUAUUUGUGAAUUGUUACAAAUUUUGUUAAACUAAAGUAUAACCAAUGAGAAACUUA